GCUAGCGGAGGAGUGGUGAGGAAACGGCGGGAAAAAGGAGGGCAAGGAGAAAGCGGAUCGGAAAGAUUUGGGCCCAGAGGAGUUUGGGCCCAGAGGGGUUUGUGCCCAAGGUUGAGGGGAGAGCGAGAGGGUGGGGGGGAGGGGAGGGAAUGGUUAAAUGCCUGUGGAGCGCGAGGAGAGAGAAACGAGAAGGAAGAAGGCGAAGAGGAGACCAGGAGGAGAGGGAGGAGGCGGAGGAACAAAUGGGAAUGGGAAAUCUAAGAGAAAGGAGGGGAGGAGGAGGAGGAGGAGGAGGAGGAGGAGGAGGAAAUAGAGAAGGACGAAGAAAGGGAUGUUGGAGACGAGCAGAUGUAGAUUAGAUGCAAUGGCAGCGAAGAUCGGAAGACAGAGGAAGAGAAACGAGGGGAGGAGGAGGAGGAGGAGGAGGAGGAGGAGGGUCGAAGCGGCGACAGGACACGGGAGGAGGAGGGAGGAAUGGAACGAGAUCCCGAUCGAUCGAUACGAGGAUGGGAGGUUUGAGGGUGUGGUGCUUGGGGUGGGGAGGAGGGGGUUUUGACGAGGAGGUAGAGGAGGAGGAGGAGGAGAAGGAGGAGGAGGAGGAGGAAGAAGAGCAUGAGAAGGCGGAGUUGCUCUCGCGAGAAGAAAGGGGCCAGAAGAUCGUCGAUGAUGAGGAGCGGGUGGAGAAGGAAGAUGAUUUGCGGUCUGGCAAUGACCUGAAGGAAGGGAGGAGAAGGGUGAUGCGUAUGAAGAUGGGAAAUGUGGGAUUGGGAUGAGUGUGGGAUGGGAGGAGACGUAUUGAAGUAGCGGUAGUGGAGGUAGUGUUAGAAAGAGGGGAAGACGACAAGGAAGAGGAGAGAGAGGGGAGGGGAUAGGAGAGGGGAAGGAAAAGAGAGAAAGAGAGCCGAGAGGGAAGGAAAUGGGAGUACCUUCAGAAGUUGUGCAGUGCGGAAUCAAUGACAGUUCACUGAACUUUCAUCUGCAGUGAGUGAUUUGAUUAAGGAAUCAUUUUGAUUAGAGGAGGCAAAAAAAUAAGCGCAUCAUGACAAGUGGCGAUGAGCUGGCGAUGAUGAAAGGACGACAGCUCAUUGAACUUUCGUCUGCGCACUGAGUGAUUUGAUUGAGGGAUAAGUUUUCAGGAGGCACAAUAAGCGAAUGACACGUGGCAACGAUCUGGCAGGGAUGAAAAAGUCACGUGGCAAUCAGAUGAUCAUGAUUGAUCUCGGUUGAGUUGAUGGAUACGAUUAUUAUUUCAGCACAUUAAUUAAUCGUCGACUAGUUUGGAUUGUUGUUCUCUGAAUGAUCUUCUUCUUUCACUGUCAGCGUUGUUUCCUUUCGCUGCACAUGGAGAUGCAAUCACGUC